AUGGCGUCCAGUAGCAGUGUUGAACUUUCUGAGCUACAGCUGAAGUCAACUAGUGAAUUGUGUGAAUUUCUGCGAACACUUUCAAUUCCGGAGGACGUUGUUGACAAAUUUGAGAGUGAGGGAAUUUGUGGUGAAGUUCUACCACUAUCAUUGGCAGAAUUGAUGGAACUGGCACCUCGUAUCGGACCACGUCGAAUACUGCAGAAGCGAAUCCCUCAGCUCCUUGGAUACUUGUCAGUCGAUUUGAAGAAUGAAGUUGCAGCUUUUCACAGUGACUCACCGGCAUUACGUAAGCUGCUUGAAGAUUUUAAAGUGGCCCUACAUAGGCUUGGAACAGAGGGAAUACGAUUCUUACAUGGCAACAAUGAGUACCUGAAGAGAGGGGGACUUUUAGCAGUGCUUGGAGAUACACCAGCUCUCCAUGUUAUUGGUGGAUUUAAGGAAGGUGUUUCUUUUGCCCACAAAAAGUGCAGAUCAUGUGAAUGUACUGGAGAGGAAAUGACACAGCGAUUCACCGAGUCAGAAUUUACUCUGCGACAGGAAGAUGAUCACAUUAGAAGAUCAAGUAGUCUGCAGAGCACAGCAAGUACAUGUAGUAAGGAGAGCACAUGUGGUAACUCCAGCAGUGCAGGAGUUGAUUCUGCUGGAAAAUCAUCAGAUGAUGCAAUCAUUCUGAUUGAAAGGGACAUCUCUGAUACAGUGAAGUUGUCCUAUCCCUGUGAACUGCCAAGGUUUUCCAAGGUUGUGCACAAGGCUCUGCAGACAGGAAGUGUCUACAAGGAAUGGGAUCAAUUCGUCAGAGAAUCAGCAAUUUUUUACUUGCCAGAUAUGCCAGCUUCUGAUGGAUUAGCUCGGAUUGCUUACCAUAGCAUCGGUAGAUCCAUGUUCGAUGCGUUUCCUUGUAUUGCCAGUGCUGGACAAAAUGCUUGGUCUCACUUCAACAGAUGCUUAAGCUCAAAGAUACGAUGGGAGAGACAGAAGCGACUCAAAGUGAUGAAACGCAAAGAAAGCCCAAAGGACCCUGAUGCAGCAAGUAAACGUCCUUGCACAAAUUCAUCUCCCCCACCACUAGCACUCCCUUCCAUUCAAGAGCCUUUGAUCAGCGAAACAGUGUAUGCUACACACAUCAAAGAAAUUCAAAAAGUGUUUACAGGCACUCGUAAGACAGACAUGACACCCACAGUGAUGGCCCACUUGGACAACCUAAUGCAGGAGACAUUCCCACGUAGAAGGAAGCUAAUACUGGCCCCAGACAACAUGGACACAUCAGAACUAGUAGAAAAGCUUUGGAAAGAUUUCCCAUGCCUUCAAAAUGACACAUGCCUAAUGCAGGAGAUCAGACGUUGUGACAUACACCUUGACACAUACUACAAUGACAACUACUUGGGUGUGCUGGAGAACCUUGGUAAACUGUAUGAUAUUCCACACGAUACCGACUUUGACCAUGUUCAAGUCCUUAAGGAGACGGAAGUGCGCCUGAAUAAACGCAUCAAAAAAACAGAGGUCAUCAAGGUCUUGAAGCUCAACUCGGACUCCAUGGACUCGAAAGUAAAUGGCCAGACAUCACCUAGCCUCGUCAUUACAACUGAUGAUAACCUUGUUACAUCUUCUCAUGUCGUGGGUUUUGGGCGGACCCUUGUUGAGAUGCAGGGGGAAGGUGCGUUGAAGAGGGGACUGCGGUCGCUUAUGGCAACCUACUACAUCCUUGAUUUCGAGUAUCCUCCAGGAUACUCGAUGAUGCUGAAAUUCAUACAGCACUACCUGAUGGGCAGGAUAGUGAAGGACAUCCCCAAGUCGAUCAAAACAUUGUGCUCCAAGGCUGGAGUGGCUAACAGUGUGGAUUAAGCGGUUGGGUGAGACAAAGCUAUGCUUGGUGGUUAAGUAGAAGUAAGGUUUGGGGUAGUGCCAUGUGAACAUUUCUUGAGUGUGUGUCACUCAAAGUUUCGACCAGGAGCAAUUUCGGACAAGAACAUUUGUUAAACUAACUUUCCCGAAUGCUGCAUGAACAAAUUAAUGACAAAAAAAAAUAUUUUUCAUAAUUUUGCCGUGGAUUUUUGGUGCAUAUAUAUUCUUGACACAUCGACAGUAAGGGAGUUGAAUCUGUUUGAUACGUUGAUGUGCUUUGCUAAUAUUUUCACUUGGUGCUACCCCAAACCUUGCUUCAAAAAGUCUCCCGAUGUAUAGCUGUUUAUAGGCUGUACUCUUUCUGUACAAUUAUCUUAAUUGCCAAUACUUUAUGUUCACCGAACUUUGAAACUGAGGAUUAUGCAAUAGGUAUUUUAAUUUAACCCUCCUUUGUAAACAGUACAAUUUGUUAAGAAGUUGUUUGACCCCUUCAAUUUUUCUGGGUUGGAGGGUUUUGAAAGGUCGACUAAAUGUGUCGCUAUGUAUAGUACAGUACAAUUUGUCAUAAAGUUGUUUGACAUGCCAAAACUUUUCCGAAAAAAAAGAGCAAUCCUACA